AUGCAUUGCCUAGCUGCUACCAUGCUCGUGUUGCUCUGCUGCUGCUGCUUGUUCCUCGCCACGCAGCAGCAGCAGCAGCAGCAGCUACAGCCAGCCGCCGGUGGUAACAGAGAGAGCCCGAGCUGCAUACCACACGAGAGGGACGCCCUGCUGGCAUUCAAGGACGGCGUCACCAGCGACCUUGGCGGCGUCCUCAGCUCGUGGCGGCGAGACGGUCGCCACGACGAGCAAGACUGCUGCAGGUGGAGAGGCGUCCGGUGCAGCAACCGAACUGGCCACGUGCACGAGCUUCGACUUGGAGGUGGAGGCACCUUCCAACCAGAUUUGGCCGGCCAGAUAAGUCCUUCUUUGCUUGCUCUGGAUCACCUAGAGCACCUUGACCUCAGCGGGAAUGAUCUAGCAGGGCCAACGGGUCGUCUUCCCGAGUUCUUGGGUUCUCUAAAGAAUCUCAAGUAUCUUGACCUCUCUGGCAUACCGUUCUAUGGUGGCCUACCUCCCCAACUUGGCAACUUGUCAAGGCUACAGUAUCUAGAUCUUUCCAACUUAUACUAUGGAGGCAUGAACUCGACGGAUCUCUCAUGGUUAACACACAUUCCUUCCAUACAAUAUCUUAACUUGAACAGAGUGAACCUCAGCACAGUAGCGGAUUGGCCUCGUGUCAUGAAUAUGCUUCCUUCUUUGAGGGCGCUCCAUCUUUCAUUCUGCUCUCUUGCAAGCGCAAACCAGUCACUGCCACACCUGAACCUUACAUAUCUCGAGGAGCUGGAUGCCUCCCUGAACUCCUUCCACCAUCCAAUGGUGACCAGCUGGUUCUGGAACAUAACAAGCCUUAGAUUCCUUUACCUCAACUACACUAGUAUGUACGGUCAAUUUCCGGAUGCUCUUGGAGACAUGACAUCCCUGCAAGUCCUUGAUCUUUCAUAUCUUUUUGAUUAUCAUGAUGAUGACAAGAACAUGCGCAGCAUGACCAUGGAUCUGAAGAACCUAUGCAAUUUGGAGGUCCUGAACCUUGAAUGCACUCUCUUAUAUGGUGACGUAGCUGAGCUGUUUAGGAAUCUACCUCGAUGUUCACCCAACAAAUUGCAAGAAUUGGACCUCGGUUCAAACCAUUUAACCGGGAUGUUACCAAGAUGGAUAGGGCAAUUCAUGAGCUUGGUCAUUCUAAACUUCAACUGGAACAAGAUCACAGGAUCUCUCCCAACAUCUGUAGGACAAUUUACUGGUUUGCAGAUCCUUGACCUCUCUUUCAACAACCUAAACGGACAUGUCCCAUAUGAGAUUGGAAAGCUUAGUAAUCUGACCUAUCUGGAUCUAAAUACAAAUAAACUAGAUGGCACGAUAACCGAGGAACACUUUGCUAGUGCAAGGAGCUUGCAAUAUAUAGACUUGUCAUAUAAUGCCCUCAAGAUUGAGAUCAGCUCGGACUGGCAACCACCAUCUACAUUAAAGUAUGUAUCCUUUGCAUCCUGCCAGAUGGGCCCACUGUUUCCUGGGUGGCUUCAGUGGAAUGUGAGCAUCACCUAUCUUGAUAUCUCGAGUGCAGCUAUAGCUGAUAGGAUUCCACAACGGUUCUCCGAUGCCUUUUCAAAUGUUUGGUUCAUGAACAUCUCCAACAAUCAACUCAACGGAACUUUGCCGGCUGAUAUGGGCUCCAUGUCACUUCUAGAACUCUACCUUAGUUCAAACAAAUUAACUGGUCAGAUACCCACGCUGCCACCAAACAUACAUACCUUGGACUUGUCCAAUAACUUCUUGUCAGGACCUCUGCCCUCUGCUACUAGAUCCGCCAAACUAAGACAGCUUUCUCUGUUCUCCAACCGACUCACUGGUCAUAUUCCUGAAUCUUUUUGUAAAUAUCAGCAAUUAGUUGUGUUGGACUUAUCCAACAAUUUUUUGGAGGGAGAACCGCCGUUGUGCCUCGGGUUUGUCUACGGUCUGGAAGGGGCACGUAUUGAGCUAUGGUACCAUUCAAAGAAUUGUGGAGACAAGUAUGACGAGCAUUCAUUUAUCUUGGAAGGGGCAGGAAUUGUACUAUGGUUCCAUUCAAAGAAUUGUGGAGACAGGAACCACUUGACCGGAGUUAUUCCAAAGAAGAUAGGGGAAAUGCGAUCACUGCAAUCAUUGGACCUCUCGAGGAACAUGCUUUCAGGGGAAAUACCAGCCAGCCUGUCAAAUCUGACGUUCUUAAGUUACUUGGAAUUAUCAUACAACGAUCUUACAGGAAGAAUUCCAUCGGGAGUACAGCUUGAUACCCUGUAUGCAGGGUAUCCAUCUAUGUACAUUGGCAACAUCGGUCUUUGUGGACAUCCUCUUCAAAACAAUUGCUCGAGUGAGCGUCAUGCACCAAAGCAAGGUGGCCUGGGAAGAACUGAAGAAGGUUAUGGGAUACCAUUCUUUUAUCUUGGACUCGGGUGCGGCUUCGUGGUUGGUAUAUGGAUUGCAUUUGGUGUUUUGUUGUUUAAGAGAAACUGGAGAAUUGCUUGCUUUCGAUUCUCGGACAAGUUGUACGACAAAGUAUAUGUCCUUGUUGCUACAUGGGCCGAGCAAGACAAACACAAACUGAUUAGCAAGUAUGAAGCAAAGGCGAUGGUCGGCGUUUCAACUAAAAUUAGCCAAUGCAUGCAUGUAUGA